CUCCCGACAUCAGUUUCAAUUCGAAUCAUGAAGGCCUUCAUCGUUCUGCUUGCCCUGGCCUGUGCCGCCCCAGCUUUCGCCCGCACAAUGGACCGUUGCUCCCUGGCCCGCGAGAUGUCCAACCUGGGCGUUCCCCGCGACCAGCUGAACAAGUGGGCCUGCAUCGCCGAGCACGAGUCCUCCUACCGCACCGGAGUCGUGGGUCCCGAGAACUACAACGGCUCCAACGACUACGGCAUCUUCCAGAUCAACGACUACUACUGGUGCUCUCCUCCCAGCGGUCGCUUCUCCUACAACGAGUGUGGCCUGAGCUGCAAUGCCCUCCUGACCGACGACAUCACCCACUCCGUCCGUUGUGCCCAGAAGGUGCUCAGCCAGCAGGGAUGGUCUGCCUGGUCCACCUGGCACUACUGCAGCGGAUGGUUGCCAUCCAUCGACGAUUGCUUCUAAGCCGAUUUCGACCCCUAUUAAAACGAUUGCAUAAAACUGAA